CGCGGCGAGCACACUCACCACGGGACAGUCCGCCGAACCAAAGGUAUAUAGUGUUUUGAUGCGUUGUCUACGAGAAACCAGGCGAUGUUUUAUCUCGUAAAUAUGUGUUGCGUGCUUCUCGGUAUUAUUCGGCCAAGAUACACGGUGAUUUCUCGAUCGAUGUGCGACGAUUCGUGUGAUUGGUGAAUAGGAAUGAAAAAGAACGGUGUUGCCGUUUAUAAUCUAUCGAAGGGACACGUAUUUUGAACGGCAUUCGUAAAAACACGUGCAUGUCUUACUCGUGGUUCGUCGUUUCGAUCGUCUAGUGUGUUAUUGAUAAAAAGGAACAACAAGGUGAUCGAAGAGUAUAUGUAUACGUACGGUGAUACGAAACGGAGAAACAGUGGAGUAAAAGAGCGAAAGCUCGUGGUGAAAACAAAUCGAAAAGACAGGAUACGAACACGACUAGCAAGAAGAACAAACACGGUAAAAACAGUGUCAAACGGUUCCCGCGACCAAAGUUCCUUCGCUUCGUCGUGUCGAUAUUAUCGGUGAUCGUGGAUGAACGUUCGUUUUUAGCGUCCCCGAGGUCGACGUAACGGCGACCGAUCGAAGAAAAAUUUGGAAUGUAACGCCGGCAAGACAGAACGGCAACGGUAGUGGCAGUAGUGGAUCCGCGGCUACGACAACGGCAACGACGGCGACAGGGCGACCGGACGGGUGGAGUGUGCAGCAAGAGGGAGAGAGCACGGAGGAUCACUCUCGCUUUCGUUCGGCUCUCCCUCUCUAUCCUUUCUUCUCUCCUCUGUCCCUCUCUCCCUCCCUCUCUUUCUGCUUCUCUCCUUUCUCCCUUGCUCGCGUGGCGGCUGCUGCUGCUACUCGUCGACUAGUAGGAGAACGGAGAGAGAGAGAGAAUACAAGAAAGAGAGCGAGAGAGCGCCGGAGGAAGAGAAGCGUCGCGCGGAAGACAGAGCUAGACGUGUGCUGGCCGAAAGACAAAGAGAGAAACAGCUCGUCCAACCGAAGAAACCGAAGAGAAGGAGAAGGAGAAGGAUCGUACAAAUCAACCGCCUUCUAACAAGCCACAUUAACCUCAAGUGAUUUCUAUUUUCUUACGAAGCGCGAAAGAAGUAAUUAGUGUGUUUAUAUCGAUGUAAAACAAAGAGAGAGAGAGAGAGAGAGAGAAAGAGAGAGAGAAAGAAAGAAAGAAAGAAAGAAAGAGAGAGAAAGAGAGAGAGAGAGAGAGAAAAGCGAGAAAAAAAAGAAAAAUUAUUUCAAGAGCUUAAGUUCAGAGAAAAACAAAACAUUAAGAGCUAUAGUAUCUAAUUAGUGUACAAAGUAUAUCUGAAACGAAAUAAAGAAAAAAAAAAAAUUAAAAAAGUCCGCCAGUGCCAAAUCGAAAGACAUAGGGAAAGAGAGAAAAAUAGGAAAAGAGGGUACAGAGUGAACAGAGAGAAAAAUUUAACACGAUUGUUGUACAUUUAAGGGCAGGUAAAAAAAAAAAAAAAAAAAAAAGGGGCGAGAAAAAAAGAAGAAAGAAGAAGUUAAAAACCGUAAACCAAAGAAUCUACCAUUUUUUUUUUUCUACUAAUCACUCAGCUAACGAUAUUACUCACUAACCAGCUAAACGAGCGGCGAUCUCUUCUUCGCGAGCAGGUUUAAUUAGGAAAAAUACAAAAGAAAAAAAAAACCAGAACACAAAAGCAUAAGAAGUAAAUAAUAAAAGGAAAAAAAAAAUAAAAUAAAAUAAAAAAUAAAAAAAUAAAAAAAAAUAAACAAACAAUAAAAACACGAAAAAAAAAAACAAAUCGACAAAAUUUUCUAAGCUUACAAUAAGAAGUUUAUUACGUGAUAAACAAAAAAACUAAAAAAGGGGGGAAAAAGGAGUCGACGUUCUUUUUUUGAUUUUAAAAAAAGAGAGGGAAAAAAAUAGAAGGAGCAAAAGAGGGAAAAAGAAGGAGAGAAGAAAAAAAACGCACUUGUGAGAGAGCGCGUAUGAGUAUCUAAUUAAGGAAAGAAGAGAGGAGUCCCAUCCAAAGCGAAAGACAGACGGAGAGAACGCAGGCCGCCCUAUAUAUCCGGAAAAGGGGACUCGCAUAUAAUUACUCCCAGAGAAACCGAUCUACUUCAGUUCGUAGCCUAAACCUGUUGAGUACAAACGACAGAAAUAGAGUUAUAGAGAGAGGUAGAGAGAGCGAGAGAGAGAGAGAAAGAGAGAGAGAGAAAGGAAGAGCGAGCGUAAGAGAGCGAGAGAACGAGAGAGAAAGUGAGAAAUAACGACGAGAGCGAGCGCGAGCGAGCAAAAUAAAAGAAGAAGAGCUCUAAAAACAAGAGGCGAGAAGAAGAAGAAGAAGAAGAAGAAGAAGAAGAAAAAGAAAUUCAGGAAAAAGCGAGUAUACACAUUGAUAUACACACAGACACGCAAAGGCGAUAUACACAAAUAGCACACGUAUACACGAAGAUACCACGAAAUAUCGUAUAUAACUGGAGAUAUCAGCGAGGCACACGCACUAGGAAAGGAAAGAUCGCGAGGAGGAAGAGAAAAUUCGGCCCCCCCAGAUGUCACGCGCGAGAAUAAGCGAGGCCGGUACACGGUCGGAGAGCGCCGCGCGCAGCCAAUAAUCCCGAUAACGAGCGUCGAGUCACGAUCUGUGAAAAUACCAGGAGCCGCGAAAGAUCCGGCCGAGGAUCGGAAGAGAAGAAGGAAAAGGAAGAAGAAAAGAAAUUGGAAGAUCUCGCGCGUGACCGGAUCGUCCUCGUCGUCGUUCGCAACGUUCCUCGUCCUCCCUGCCGCCCCCUCCCCCUUUAUCCCGACCGACAAGCCGACACCCGACAGAAGCGGAAUAAUAACGCGGCCUCCUGCCCGCCAGGGGGUUCACGUGGUCGAGAUGACGUGGCGGGGAAGAUGAGCGCCGAGGUAACGAAGGAGGUGGUCGCCACCGAGAGGGUAACGGGAAGCCCUCCGGCGGCGGUCGCGACCUCGCCGAGCUCGGUCGGUCCGGGUGACCCGGCGCGUCACCUGCCGCCGUUCAGCAGCUUCGCCGGGGACAACGCGAUGGACAGCUCGACAACACUGACUACCCUUCACUCGCAGGACGUUGGGCUCGGGCUCACGUCCUCGUGGGACUACUACGAGGGACUGACGGGCCGGUUGAUCGAUUCACGGGGGGAGGUGGUGCUCGCGAGCCAGUACAGGCCGUGGGAGUCGAAGAACGCGGUCGGGGGCGGCGGCGGCCCCGCGGCCGCGCCGGCCGAGGGCCUGCCCAGCUUCGCGAGCCAGUUCACGGCGCCUAGCGAGGCAGAGCCCCAAUUGACCGCGCUCACGCCGUUGUCGCCAGCCUCGAUAUCGCACUCUCCACCUGUCACGUCGGCGGUCGGGCUGCCCAGCUUCCACACGCUCGGCACGCCGCUGCCCGCGCCCCAUCCUCACAGGGGCAGCGUCGGCUACCCGUUGGUCCCUGCGCCCGUCCAGGCCAGGGAGGUGCCCGCCCUUCAGCAGCAACUGCUCGACGAGAGGCAUAUCCAGUUGCUCGGCUCGAGCCCGGUCCAGGCUUUCCCGCCCCCGCCGCCCGGCCAUCCCCAUCACACCGUGCUGACCGUGGUGAAGCCCGAGUACCCCCAGCUGCAUCACGCCAACUUCCAGAACCCGAUGUCCACGGUGCUCGACUCGUCGCCGACGUCCAGGCCGGUCGGGAUCGACGGGAGGAAGAAGGAGCGGAGAAAAAUAAGGGCGGGCUCGAUGGAGUCCGAGGACAGCGCCGGGGCCGGCAACGUGGAGAGUUCCGGCCAGGUAGCCGCGGUCUCGUCCACCGCGAACAGGGGGCCCCAUCACCUGGGCGGAGGAAUGGCCGACGCUGACGGGGACGGCGGGCUGAGCGACAAGCCGGCCAAGAAGAAGCGCAAGAGGUGCGGCGAGUGCAUCGGGUGCCAGCGCAAGGACAACUGCGGGGACUGCGCCCCCUGCCGGAACGACAAGAGCCAUCAGAUCUGCAAGAUGAGGCGGUGCGAGAAGCUCACCGAGAAGAAGCAUCUGUACCAUCUGCAAACGGGCGAGGGUGCGUUCAGAGAAAGGGGGAGAGGUCGAGGCAAAGGUGCAACCAGGAGUUAUCGAAAGAUCGCCCGACAAGUAAGUACGCCGGAUAGCGCGCCAGCAGGCUUAGGCAGUCCACAGACGGGAAUAGGCGGGCUCCAACAGCAUCAGCAACAACCGCAACAGCAAUCGCAACAAACGCUUCAUCAGCCGGAUCCCAUGCAGCAAUCCAAGGACAAUCUGAAUCCGGCGGCGAACCAGCAAACCGGGGCACUUAGGAACGGAAAUCCUCCGCCUCCUGUCGUUUCUAUAUCACCCGGAGUGAUGCCAUUCUACGGUGAUUCUGGCGCCGGCUUCCGACCAGCAGCUGGCUUUGGGAAUACUGUUUGGCACCAGGGAGUUGCUCCCGUGGGGGCAGUUGCGGUUGAAACGUCAGCAGCUCCAUGGCCACCUCAGCAGUUCAUUCAACAAAUUCCGGCUCCGAAUCAGCUCGAAGAGCUGAGGUAUCAUACCCAAUAUUCCGCCGCCGCACCGUACCAUCCACAACCAGUCGCAUAUCAACAACAGACUUUCAUUACUACGGAUCAAUCGGCAUUUCAACGUGCCGGGGCGACGGGACAAUACACAAUCACGGGGCAACCCUCGCCCUUACCACCAGUCGCCCCGCAAACCGUACCAUCGACAACUCAGAGGCCACUAAACGGUCAAUUCAUGGAUCCUGCUGCUACUGCAACCCAAUCAGUUGGUUAUGAAAGGCAGGAUUACGUCAAUGGUUACCAACAACAGGACGUGACGAUGGCACCGCCGCCUUCAACCACUCCCACGAGUCGUAGCAGUUCCGUACACAUGGACAACCAGCAACAGCAGCAGGCCUCCCAGCAACCACAGUCGCAACCGCAACAACCGCCGACAGAUACACAGGUGAAGGGAUUCGCGACGAUCACGGCCAGUAACGUGUCGGGAAACGAGAUGCCUGGGUAUCCACUUCAACCGGGCCCACAGAGUUUACACAACUCUAACGGAUAUCCAGGCUACGUGGAAAUGGGUCAGCAACAAGUACAGAACCAGUGGCAGCCGCAGCAAGUGGCCCAGCAACAACAUCAGCAACAGCACUUGCAACGGCAGCAUUCGGUACCUGACGGCCAACGCCACUUAUGGUCCGACACCAGUACCGGUACGAAGAUGAACAACAAUAUGAGCUGGUCGGAUGGAACGUUGCAACAGCAGCAACAGCAUCAGCAACAACAGAAGCCCCCUUCGCAGCAGCAGCAGCAACAACAACCGAGUAUGCAGGCUAACAGCAUGAAGGGGCAAGAGUCACAGCAAGGUAUGCAGAUGCAGGGACAGCAGGAGCUACCUCGGCCAGCCAGUCAUAUGAGCUGGGAAAAUGGUAGCGUGAAAGAAACCCCGCAUACUCCACAAUCGUGGACAGACAAUACGGACAAUAGUCAGCAGCAACAAACUCAGGGAAAUUGGUCGCGACAGAGUCCAAAGCUGAGGGACGCGCAGAAUCCAAGAUUGACACCAUCUAGUCAACAACAACAGCACCAGCACCAAGGCUGGCUACAGCAUUCGCCCAAGUUGUCGGACCAUCAGCAGAAUCCGUCUCACCAGAACGCCCGGAUGACGCCCUCCGGUCAACACAAUUGGCAGCAAAGCAGCCCAGAGAUGCAGCAAAACUCGAGCCAACAGAAUCCAAGGCUGACACCAUCUGGCCAGCAAAUGUCGCAGCCCGGAGCGCAGUCCCAACAGCAGCAACAGCAACAGCAACAGCAGCAACAACAACAAUGGUCGCAACAGACGAAGCUCGAGAAGAAUCCCAGACUUACUCCGUCUAAUCAGAUGUCCUGGCCAGAUACGCCAACUAGUCAACCGAAUUGGUCCCCGAAUAGUAUAAAGAGCGAUAGUAGUCAGCAACCCCAACAACAAUGGCCAGAUUCACAGCCUAGUCCGAGGAGAACGCCUGGCCAUCAACCGGGCUCGUGGCAACCUCAACCACCGACGCAAGAGAGCAAAAUGGAAAAUCAGAUAUCCUGGUCGCCGAAUUCGGUGAUCGAGAAUCAACCUACUUGGGGCCAACAAACCACGAAACAGGAUAUGCAGAACUCCGGAGAAAGAGUGCUUUGGCAGCAACAAACGACGGAUACCGGGAAACCGAACGGAUUCUCGGAUAAUCAAGAUGCUCAGGAGAGUAACGUAUUUGCUCAAUCGAAUCGCGUGAAUUUGAAUAGCCGACUGAAAUCCAUGAUCCUGAACAAGCAACAACAACAACAACAGCAACAGCAACAGCAACAGCUGCAGCAUCAGCAUCAACAGCUUCAACAACAGCAGCAAUCGCAACAGCAGUCUCAACAUCAAAUAGGCCAUCAAGAACAACAGCAACAUCACGGUAUGCAUCAUCAAAUGCAGUCUCAGCACGUGAAUAGCAAUAGUGGGUCCAACGGCGAGUAUCACACGGAAGAUCGGAUACGAGACACGCAUGAUAGUACAGACAAAUUGCAAGAGAAACAGACGGACCAGUAUUUGAAUCAGUCGAACAUGAUCUCAAUGGCGCAAUCCAACGAAUCUCUGACCGGUAAUUUUUUAUUGCAUAGCCACCACCCUCGGGUCGAUAGUUUGCCCGACGGUGGUGGCUUAUGGGAAUGGUCAGGGGGAGGUAACAACGCGUUGAGCAACGGUACCGUGUUACCGGACAACGGGAUGACGGUUAUAGAAAGUUUUAUGAAAUUUGGUUCAGAAGAAAAAACCGUGCUGGAGAAACACGAGCAGCAGCAGCAUCAACAGCAGCAGCAGCAACAACAGCAGCAACAACAACAACAACAACAACAACAAUCAUCACUCUAUCAUCAACAAUCGCAACAGGAACACGAGCAUCGACAGUUAUGGAAGGAAGAAAAUAAGAGCCACGACAAUCAGUGCACCGAUGAUAAAUCAUUUCAGAGAAGAUUAUGCAUAGAUCAGCAGAUUCACGAAAGAACGUUCGAACCGUGUAGCAACAGCACGAACAGUGAGAAGAACGAGACGAAGAACGAUGUUACUUUUCCAGAAACGCCUCGAGUCACAUUGAUGAACGAGAACGAUACCAUUAAUUAUCCAGAAAGUAGCGAAAAAGUAGCGUCUACCGAGCUGGAGAACAAUACCAAUUGCGACUCCUCUCAGAGUAUUAAGCAAGAGAACGUCGGGGAGUACGGGUGCUCCAGUUCUGACUGCGUCCCGUCCUCAACAGCGACGUCGAGGAACGAUGAUUGCACUUCGAAGGCGAUCAAGAGCGAGCCGGAUCAAAAAUCGCAGGAAGGCAAUAAUUAUAAGUUUCGAGGGGAUGGCGGGCCCGCCAAAGUGUCGCCGGGUGUUGGUUCAUGGUGUUGUCGAAGAGGCGGUACCGAACAACCGACCCCCGAACACUUGCGAGAGGGUUGUUGCCAAGGCUUGCAAACAAGGGAUGAGAUAUUGGCCGACGCGGCAGACAAGUCCGACGUAAAGAACGAAGGUCCACAGAGCCCGCGUAACGGUGGUGCUCCAUCGACAACAAAAUUGCAAGAUCAUUUGGAGAAACUGAAGAACAAUGUGAGGAGCGAAGUGCCGGACUGCAACUGCUUCCCAGCCGACAAAUGUCCGCCAGAGCCCGGUUCGUACUACACUCAUCUCGGGGCGGCUGCAAGCCUGCCUGAUCUACGGAACGAUCUUGAAAGAAGAACCGGCCUUAAGGGAAACGCCAUUAGAUUCGAAAAGGUCAUCUACACCGGAAAGGAGGGCAAAACUACUCAGGGAUGUCCGAUGGCUAAGUGGAUACUUCGACGAUCUGGUCUGGAAGAGAAGAUCCUGACCAUAGUGAAACACCGGCAAGGACACAAGUGUCCAACAGCCUGGAUCGUCGUGGCCAUGGUCGCCUGGGAAGGUGUGCCCACGCACGAGGCCGAUCGGAUAUAUUCCUUAUUGAGUCACAAGCUGAAUCGAUUCGGUCUUCCCACGACCAGACGAUGUGGAACGAAUGAACCGAGAACCUGCGCUUGCCAGGGUCUCGAUCCCGAAACUUGCGGUGCAAGCUUUUCCUUUGGAUGUUCCUGGUCUAUGUAUUAUAAUGGUUGCAAAUACGCCAGAAGCAAAACCGUCCGAAAAUUUCGAUUGUCAGUAAGAUCAGAGGAGCAAGAAGUAGAAGAAAGAAUGCACGUCCUAGCAACACUUUUAUCACCCUUGUACCUCAGCCUUGCACCAGAAGCGUUCAACAAUCAAACACAAUUCGAGCGGGAAGCGAGCGAAUGUCGUUUAGGAUUUAAGCCCGGCCGACCAUUUUCCGGUGUUACAGCGUGUAUAGAUUUUUGUGCGCAUUCUCAUCGCGAUCUUCACAACAUGAACAACGGAUGCACCGUGGUAGUUACCAUGACAAAACAUCGAACCUUGUCGAAACCUGAAGACGAACAAUUACACGUACUUCCUCUUUAUAUCAUGGAUACUACGGAUGAGUAUGGGUCAAAGGAGGGACAGGAUGAGAAGGUUCGCGCCGGAGCUGUAGAAGUUUUGACAAAAUAUCCCUGCGAAGUGAGAGUUCGAUCGGUUCCACUGCAACCCUGUCGAAGGCACGGUAAGAAAAGAAAGGAAGACGAACCGGACACUAUUAGCAGCAAGAAGGACAGUUCCAAAAAUGCUAAUGAAAAGAUAACAGAGUCAGGACGUCAAAUACCAGGACACCAAGAGUUAAUCAGACCGCAAAUGAGGGACACGCAACUAUCCUUGGAAAUGGCGUCCAUGUUUGAAGGAAUGGACGCCCAAUUACAAAGCUCCCAAGUGUCCUCUACCGUUUUAGAUAGCCCAGUGUCCAUGUAUCCUCAAGGAUGGGGUUACCAGAACGAACAGCAAUGGAGUAGAAACGGUUGGCUCGAUCAGCGAAAAAAUAAUUGGUUGAAUCCGUGGAGAGAGUAUUCGUUUGGUGGUCUCGACAGAGAUGCAAAAGUUGAUCCAGAUAGCACGAGCUUGGACGACAUCAGACCUAGAAGCACCGUUUCUCAAGAUGAGCAUCGACCAGGAUCGCGAAAUUUACCCAAUUCCACAAUGGACUCGCCAAGAAAUUAUUACUCACACUCGCCAAGAACUCAUCCAAUUUCACCAAGGAGCACUCAUACGGCAACACCAGGAGAUAUCGGUUACUCGAUGUCUCCUAGAGGAUGUCCACCUACGCUUCAGGAUCAGAAAAACGCCUCGCCAAGAAGUUCUGUGUAUUCAGACACAGGUUAUAGUCAUCCACUUCCCACUUCCAGAAGUUAUCCGAACAUGUACGACACCAGACAGAGUAGCGCAUCUCCAAAAACAAACUGUAUAAAUUUUCCAGCUCAUUUGGACCAAAGGAGUGCACUCAAUCGAACGAAUCAUCAUCAAUUGCACAAUAUAAAUAAUAUACGAAACGUUGGAGGGAGCUGCGAACAAUCGAAAUUACCAUACUCCAAACCUGCACAGGAUUCUAGUCAACAAAAGUACUCCACUACACAGAACUACUUAGAGGUUCAAAAAUCACAAAUCGAGCAACCGUUUAUGAACAGAAUACAAGGCCACUAUCAUCCCUCUCACCAUGUACAAUCGAGUAGAAAUCUUCCGUAUCAGGGGCCUCACGAGACAAAUAUGGACAUGUUUUCCGGCUUAUCGGUCUCCUCUUGUAUGAGCAAUACUAGUCAUAAGGAAUUCGGUACGACGAAUUCGGACUUAUUACUACACACCUCGUCUCAUCUUUCUUCAAGCAAUCCACCAAACGGUACUCAAAAUUUAGGCUCCAUAGAUCAAAGAAAAUAUCGUAUGUAUAAGAGUCACGAACAAAAGACACCAGGGAUAAAUCAGAUGUCACCAGCACCUUCCGAUCAAGUUGGUGGUUGGAACAUGCUUGGUUCCUGGUAUCCCGACCAAAACAAACCUUACGAUCAACAACAAGUCUACAACGAUCAAAUCAAUUCCGAAAGGAAUCACCAACAAUCCAUAGAUCAUCAAAAAACAUUCAAUUGGAACGACAGAGUACCACAUCCGGACCAAUCGAAGCCACCUUGUUGGGAAACACCCUCUGAUCCCUCUCCAUUUAGAGUGCCAAAGGGUAGGCCACCAUCAAGGACAGCUGCAGGCCAGAAUCCAAACACGGACAGUACAUAUCAAAAUUCUUCCAAUAGAACGUUUCUCAAGCCUCAGGAGCCGAUACGAAACGGUAUCUACGCGGACAGUCCGAGCAACAAUACAAUACAAAAUAACGGAACGAUGCAUCAGAAUAACCAGAUACGAAGAUCAGAGUGGACGGAGGACAAGACAAGAGAGAAUUUCCACGAUCCUAGGCAGAACAUGACGAAUCCAAACUCGAAUUGCUUCCCAUGGGCAGAGGAGAUGAAGCAGGUUCAAGACUUCCACGGAAUGCCAGGCUUGGGACAUCCUCACGCUUCCUUUCCCCAAUAUGGACUAUAUCCAACGUAUCCCGUCUUCGACAAACCUUAUUCCAAUUCUUGGGAGGGCUAUAAUUACCAUCAACCUUAUCCCCAUCCCCAAACAUCAGAAUAUCCACCUCAAUUGUAUCAACAGCCAAAGAGAGAAGCCUGCUUCCCUUCGCCCCAAUAUCCCUAUCAAGGGGUGCCUCCGUAUCAAAGUCUGAAUCCUGGCUGGGCAAGGUGGGACACUCCUCGAUGGGAUAUUUACGGACCACCAUCUUAUUUCCCGGUGUUACCAGAACCUCCGCCAAAGGCGGAACCGCUCGGAGAAGUGGCCGAUUAUUCCGACAACGAAGAGUGCUUCAAGGAUUCGCAGAUGGGUGGAGUUGCCAUCGCGUUGAGCCAUGGUAGCGUGUUGUUCGAGUGCGCGAAACACGAAAUGCACGCCACCACAGCUCUCAAAAAGCCUAAUCGUCUCAAUCCGACCAGAAUCAGUCUGGUCUUCUAUCAACAUCGUAAUCUGAACCGGGCGAGGCACGGUUGGGACGAAUGGGAAGAGAAAAUGCGACUCCGCAAGUUGGGCGUUACGACCACCAAUACCACUACCACCACGAAUUCAUCGACUAAUUCGCAACCACUGUCCACCCCAUCGACUCCAACCAGUCCAGCAAGCGCGACGAUCAGCGAGAAAUCCACUCCGCUCCCGUACAUACCUAGCGUUCCUAGCUCUCAAUUCAUGAUGAGAUCGCCCACUUACACGACAAUGACUUGGACCACUCUCUUUCCCAUGCAUCCGUGCAUGAUAACUGGCCCAUAUCAAGAGGGAGGUGCCAUUGGAUGAGUGAUCGUCAACAGGUGCGGUUCCAGCCAUCGAUGACCAAGAACCGUGCCAAGUAUCGAUCGAGCAAUCUCGUCGGGCUGAUCGAGUGAAACAAUGGGAUUCAGAUGGCGCGCGCAUCGCUUAGCCUAGCGGCACCGUUUGCGUGACGUGUCGUGCAACGUCAACGUGAAGAAGCUGAAUCGAAUCACGGGAACAAGGAAAACAUACAAGCAACAGGUAGUUAACAUUUCAUAAAGGGAUCAAAUAAGGAAAAUGACAAACCGUUAUUACGAGGAAAUUUCUAUCGUAAUUAUUAUAUCGUCAUUGUCCUAAAUGUGUUAUACUUGUUACUGAAAAAAAAAAAAAAACAAGAAGAAAAAGAAAACAACACGUUUGCACUGCCAUUUUUCUAUUUCACGUUUUUUCGGAGAAUAUAAUAAACGUAAUAAACGGGAGGGAAGGGGCAAGGAGGAGCAAGAGAAAGGAUAACAUAAUAAACGAUGAAGAGUUCGCAACACAGACGUUUCAUCACAGGAUUCAAUUCUAAUCGGGGCUUCCCUUUUUAUAUCGAUCUUUUACGCGAAUCACGAUAGAACGUUGUGAGCGAACGUAAAAAGAGCAUAAGAUCGGCAGAUAUGGCGCUGUAUAGUAUCCGACACACUGUUCAAAGUUAAAGAUGAAAAAAAGAAUUACGAGACGCGACUAAUCGAAAGAGACGUGUCAUGCGCUUAGAGAAACACUGAUCGCAAUCGAGGCUGAUUUUCAUGGUAAUUGGAUUAAGAAUACAGCACACGUAAAACCGAUAGCGAUCGAUCAUAUUCGUUUGAUAGCCGAGAAAAAAUAAACUUUGAUACGUUAUACGAUUUAGGAUGGAAUGAAUGGAGAGUAAAAGUAUGAAAAAAAAAGACAAAAGGAGAAAAAACGAUAUAAACAAAUAAUGAAAGAUUAAGAAAGAAUGAAAUGAAACGUAUCCAAUUGUACAUUUUUUUUUUUUAACUAUCUCGUAAUUAUUUAGUAGACAAUUGUAAUCAUAUUUAACUAGUCCAUACCUAGGCAUGAUAAAUGAUUUUUUUUAACACAUGGCAUAUGCAAAAUGGCAAACAUGUAUGGUAACAAUACAUGCGUGCCUAUUACGAUCCUUUUCUUUUUUUUAUACAAAACUAGAUCACUUUCGCAUCGAAGAAUCGAUCUAUCGUUUAUUUUUCUGCACGUUCUCCUUUUGUACCACACGUACCCCGUUGUUGUUGUUGUUGUUGUAUCAUCAUCGUCAUAUAUAUAUAUAUAUAUAUAUAUAUAUGAUAUAUAUAUAUAUAUACACACACACACAUGCUCAUACUGGACACAUACAUCACGCUGGAACAAAAUCGAUUAAUCGGCGCCAUCGUAAGAUUUUAUUCAAUCUAUCCAACCUAUCCAAAACAUCGAACGAUGAUAUAGAUAUACAUAUAGUUUCAAAUCGAUCCUUUGUAAAAUCAUCUGCACAAUAUCAUGCUCCAAAUGGGAAAGUGGAGCUCGCACUUAGACAUUACACAUAUACACCAGUAUAAUAACAUAUACAGACAUGAAAAAUGAUCUCAAGUUUUUAAGCUAAUUAAUUAAACGGUAAAUAUCAAUGUUUAAUCCUUUUCUUUUAUCUGCUCUCUCUCUCUCUCUCUCUCUCUCUCUCUCUCUCUCUCUCUCUCUCUCUCUUGCUCUUAUUUUUUUCCUUUUUCUCUCUUAAUAAACACACUAUUAUCUAUAAUUUUUUUUCGUUCUCUUCGCCUAUCUGUACAUUGUGCUUGUUAAUCAUCGUAUUUAUUUCGUAAUUCACUUGCACGUGCUUGCAUCCAUAGCUUUAUCCUUUAAUCGUAUCACCACGUUAAAAAGAUUCGAGUAACAACGAUCCAACGGAGAGGCACAUACACACACAGACACGCACACACACACAUACACACACAUACACACAUACACAUACGAUAUGGAUUGCUAUAUAAUAUUAUUUAAUAUCAAUUCUCGGAUCGGUAUCAGUACAAACAUACACAAAUAUAUACAUCGUAUACAUGAGAGCUCGUGAAAUAAUUUUUUUAAUUAGAAUAUCGAACUAUCAACGGGAAGGAAACGCGUCAAUCGUCGUGGUGCCGUCUUCUUCGGUUAGCUACGUUCUUCCAACUGUUUCUCUUUUUUUUAUUAUUAUUAUUAUUAUUAUUAUUAUUAUUAUUAAUAUUCAUUUUUCUAAGGCCUUUAGAGUCUAUGAUCGCGAUUUUCAAUCCAUCAUCAAUCCAUCAUUUUGGAUCCCAAGGAUCCUAAUAUACGAGCCUCUCGGGGGAUGAUCUUCUCGGGCGAGAAAAAGACACGCUCACAGAGAUUCAAAAAGUUUCGCGGUAGUUCGCAAUAGUUCGAUAAGGUUCGAUAUUGUAAUAAGUGCCAGUGUUCGAGGGCGAGUCAGAGAGCCAAAAAAAGGAAAAGAUAAAAAAGAUAAGAGGAAAAAAGAAAAAAAAAGUAAUCCGUUAAUUACACAUGUCGUGCGAAUUAAUCCUACUUUCUUCACACACAGAUACAUAUAUAACUACCUCGAAACGUUAAUCGCCACUUCCCACUAUUUUUCUUUCCAACCGUGUUGUUUUUAUCUCUUUUAUCGACCGUUCAUAGUUGAAUCGAUAAAUUGACACGAAAAUCGGAGAUAGAGUCAUAGAGUCGGGUUAAUGGACUAGGGGAAAGAAGGAGGCAGAGGUGUAAAAAAGAAAGAGUCUUUCUAAUAUUGAAAGAAUUAAAAGAAACAGCGAAGUCAAGUGGGAUUAUUAUUUUAAUCUGAUGAUAAGAAUGACGAUGAUCAUGAUCACGUAUUAAUUCGUUUAAUUGGUUCACGAAUAAACGGUUCCUUGCUUUUCGAAGUUUCGAUGCACGAACAUACUAGCCAGGGAGAAAAGAAGCACCGGAGAGACCGGAGGCACGGUCCUCGCGAUUCAUGUGUACGCGUUGAAAUUUAAGAAUCGAAAAGUGGAUCAAGGAAGGGGAGGAAAUCGUGGUUGUUCGAGGUCGAUGGAUCGUAACGAUAAUCGACAGAGAGGUGAUUACUAUAGAAAGAGGUAGAAGGGAGGUAAAAAGACGCGUCCAACCCUCACCCAUCGGAGUAUUAUAAGAAUCAUUAAUAUAUUAUCAUUCAUUAUUAUCAUAAUGUAGUAGUAAUAAUAAUUAUUAGCGGCAAACAGUAAUAAUUAGUAAUAUAAUCUAAUUUAAUCGAUUAUUUAUUAAUUAAGUUUUAACAAAACGCGUUGUUCUAUUGUAUUUUUAUUAUCGUAUCUUUUUUUAGCUCUUCUAUCUUCUUUUUUCUUUUGUCACUUAUCCUUCAUUCGUUUUUCUUUUCUUUUUCUUUUUUUUUUUUUAUAUAUAUAUAUAUAUAUAAUUUUUCUUUCGUGACACCGAACGAUCGAAUUAGUGUCGAGGAUGUGCAUCAACUCUUUUCUUUCUUCGCUAUAUAUUUUUAUAUCUUUCGUUUUAAAUUUCUUUUCUUCGUUUGUAUUCUCUCUAUUCUUUUUUUUAGAAAGAAAAAGAUUGUUCAACACGAGCAGAAACAGCGUCAUCGAUGAUGAGCUUGCAUGUCUUUUAAACGCUAGUCGUCCUUUAUAUAUUUUCUUCUUUUCUUAAUGGAUUCAUUUUUCACACUUUAUGUUCUGAUAUCAUCCUCUGUUUCACCGAUGUAUGACGAACUUUAUUACGCUAAAAGUAUAAUCGUUCCUCCGUUUUUACGCACGACUCCGGAGUUUUACAAAGCAAAGUAUAAAUUUUAAAGCAAAAAUAUCAAAUAGAAAAAUUAAUGUUCAAUCGUCAGAGACUAUUUUUCGAUUAGGUUCCCCAAGAUUGAGAGUCGAUCUCAACCAGUCAAUUAAACAUUUUACGAAGGAAAAUAGUAAGAUACACAAAAGUUCUCGCUGAAAUUGCAAAAACAUGUUUCUAUUUUUUUAAACAUUUUAAAAGAUCAUUCUAUAUAUAUAUAUAAAAAGAAAUAAGAUUUUUCGUCAUCUAUUUCUUUCUUGCGAGCAAACGUUUCGAUCGCAACACUCUUCUUGUUUCUUGCGAACGAUUUACCAACGAUACAUGUGAAUUAUCUUCAACGAUAAUUUCUUAUUUUUCUUCAUCUGCGUCGUUUGUCGUUGAAAAUUGUUCACGUUCAAUUUCGUUGUGGAAAUGGUUCUUCAAUGCUUUCGAACGCUCAUACGACGAUUAGAGUUUGAUUAAUUAUGUAUGUUUGAAAAAAUAUAUAUAUAUAUAUAUUAAAAAUUAUAUAAAAAAUAUAAAAAUACAAUAAAAUCGGAAGUAAUGCGAGAGAAAAUGAAUAAUGAAAUUGUGAAUGUAAUUGAACAAAGAAAAAUCGUUUAAUGAAAUUAAUCGAGAUUAAGAUUUUUUAAGAUUUAUUCUUUCGAUUGUAAUCUACCGAUUUUAUAUAGAUCUCUUAUAGACAAUUAUUCGUAUAUUAUUGUAAACGAAUGAAUUAUAGAUAUUUUAAAUUAGAUGAAUUUUAAACAUCUAAUAAUUAAGGAUGAUAAUGAAACCAGUGACUAUAUAAUGAUUUAUAUUAUAUUUAAUUUUUAUUAUUAAUUUUAUUAUUAUAUUGUAACGAAAAAAUAAUUUUUCUUUCGUUUGUAAAUAUCGGGAGCGAUCGUUAGCCGGGGAAGAACCAUCGUUCAUAGCGCGCCUGUUCCUUUCACAUUUGCACACGUUUCUUUCCUCGAUCGCGAUCCAUGGAUUCACUUAGGACGCACGAGGCGCACAGGCAAGAUUUUUCUCUCGUCGACUUCCGAAUGAUGCUCAGUUGCGUGCGUGAAUAGGAUACAAAGAAUGUUUAGAAAAUAAAAAGGCAAGAAAAUUGAAAAGAUAAAAAAAAAAGGACAGAUUUCGUCGCAGGAUUUUUUUUUUUUUUUCUUUUGAAGAGAAAACUGUUAUUAAAGUAAAAAUCAUACUGUAAUGACGAACUGUAAUUGCAAUCGAUGAAAUGAGAUGGAAGUGGAAAAAGAAAAUGAACUGGUUAUUGUUGCUGUUCUUUUGUGUAUAAGAUGCGAGAAGGAAAUUGUAUCGUCACGAUGCCAAAAUAGUAUUAAUGCGGUAAUAAUUAAGGCGUAACAGAGAAAGAAUCAUUAAUGUAUUCAAUGAUUGUCAUGUUGCAGCGAGAACGGAAUAAAAAUGAACGUGACGCACGCGAACGAGUUUAUUGCCAAUUUUUUUACUUUUCUUCUUUCGGAAGGAGAAGAGAUUAAAAGGGAAAAUGGAGUUUAGCGUCGAUCACGUGGCAUUCAAUUCGAUUACGUGGUGUACGAACGAGACGGAAUGAGAGAAAAAAAAAAGAAAAAGAAAGAAAGAGGUUGAAAACUGUAUUUUUUCUUCCAAUACCAAAAAGAUGCCAUUUUGUUUUGUACGAAAAAAUCUAUAAAAAAAUUUACAAAAAAAAAAAAAGAGGAAGCGGAGAAAAUAUGAUGAGAGUGUGUAGAGAUUAAAUAUAAGAGGGGAUGGGGGGAGUUGAAGCUAAACGAAGGAGAACAAAUUUUUUAAAUAGUUUAUAGCAAGCGUAACAUAAUAGAUGUAAUAAUAAAUGCAAAACAAAUUACAAAGAAGCAAACAGAUAAAUAUUAAUUGCAACAAAUAUACUUGAUGUAUAUCUGUCUUGUGAGAUGAAUAAUAAUAAUAAUAAUAAUAAUAAUAAUAAUAAUAAUAAUAAUAAUAAUAAUAAUAAUAAUAAUAAUAAUAAUAAUAAUAAUAAUAAUAAUAAUAAUAAUAAUAAUAAUAAAACAAAAAUGAAUAAAAAUCUAAUAAAACCACAUGUCCGCCUUAUGAAGCCAGAAUACAAUAGGUAAUUGAUUGAUAAGAAUUGAUAAAAUAAAAUAAAAAAAUAAAAUGAAUUAAAGUAAUGAUUAAUUAAACGAUAAAUAAUACUUUGUAAUGCGCAGUUAGACAGAGAAUGAAAGGAAGGCGAAUGAAAGAAAAAAAAUAAAUAAAAUGAUAGAAUGUAAUGAGCAUAUUAUACUUAAAGUGCGAAAAUCGUGAGAUAUCCAUUGCGUAUUUAUAUUUAUCUUAUAUAUAUACAUGUAUAAACAAAUGUACAUGAGUUCUUGCGUACAGAUUAUUUAACAUUAUUAAAAAAAAAAGAGAUAAAUAAAAUCGAAAGAACUCAAUCGAAAAGCGAAAAUAAUAAAAAAAAAUCAUCGCUCACAAUUUUUGCACUUUAAUAUCAAAAGGAUAUCCUCUGGGUCCCCCGAAAUAGGGCAUAGCGCUACGUAUACACCCGUUAUAUAUGUGUAUAUAUAUUUUUGGAUAAUGAACCCAGAAAAAAAAAAAGAAAAAGAAUUUUAAAUCGAAAUUCGGGCCUCGACACAGAUCAGAAGAUUAUCUCAAUGGAUCUUUUCUCAAAACAAUAAUAGUUAAUCAAUAAAUAAAAGAACUCAAACGAACAAAAAAUUAUAAUUAAAAAAAUUAUAGCAAAAAUACAGUAAAAAAAAUAAAAAUUAAUUUUUUUUUCUUAUUGUUUCAUCUAAAAUCGAGUUGAACUUUAUAUACGAUCGCUUAUAUCUAACGAUUUAUGAUAAGAAAUAUUAUCUCUCUUUCUCUCUUUCUUAUAUUAUAAUCUUAAUUAUAAUUAAAAUGUUUCGAAAGCUCAUAAAAUAGAAAAAAAUCAAUUAUUGCAAAAGGACAAAACAAAAAAUGAAAAUACAGGAAGAGAAGACGAGAGAGGCUCGAAAUGAUCCAUUGAGAGAACAUGCGUCGAUACCGAAAAAAUGUAUUUAUGAAUAUUUAUUUAUGCGAGAUUAAAUGAAAUAAAAAAAAAAAAAAGAAAAUGAUGAAUGAUGAAGAAAAAAAUAUAUUGACGAUUUAAUAAAAAUAGAUGAUCAUAAGUUUAAGAUGUAAGUUUUAUAAUGAAUAUAUAUAUAUAUAAAUAUAUAUAUAUAUAUAUAUAUUUGCUCUUGUAAAGCGUUUUACUGCCUUUCGCCAAUUUUAAUCGCGCCAAAAAAGCCGAACGAGCGAAAGGAAUAGCGAAGCAAUGAUGAAUAAAAUGGAAAAAAAUUUCAUUCGCGAUUUCAAAACUUAUGUUAAAAAAAAAAAAAGAGUAAUAAAAUCAAUUAAUAGCGAGCGAAUAAAAUGUGAAACGUGAAAAUUCGCAAAAAAAAA